AGCUCCUGAUCGUUUUCCCCCCACACAACACACAUAUCGAAUUUAAUUCCUUUUGUCAAGGGAGAAUCUCCAAAAAACAAAAAAAACUAUCUUUUGUGUACAGUUCUCCUGAAUGAGGCGAGUUUGUGCGGGGACGGCGCGUGUGAGCGGCGGGGCAUCCCCAGCUGGCACCUUAGGCAGAGCGUCGCUGUCGUGCGGAGGUACCCUCACAGCUCCGGCGUACCUCUCCUCAUCACCGUUUUUCAUUCGUACGCCUCACCGAUGCGCUUCCUCUGUGGCUGGUGGUGGCGGUGGACGAGACGAUGUGAGUUUCUUUCAGAAGUUGAAGAAUCUCUACCGCGAAUUUCAGCUAUCGCAGGACCGCAAGCUGGACGCCGUGGCCGCGGAGGAGGCGCAGGAAGGUCUAAACAGCUUCUUCGAAGAUGAGCACCGCGAUGAUCCGCGGCAUCCAUCGUCGUCGAGUAGCAGAGGCUCUUCUGACGACGGCAGCACCCAUCCGCGUGACUCUCCGCUCAUCUCGUGCAACCCCAAUUUGUGCCCCCGCAGCGUGUUGUUUGUGCCUGGUUCAAAGCCGCGUGCGAUGGAGAAGAUUCCCAGUCUGAGCGCCGAUUGCUUUAUACUAGACCUGGAGGACAGCGUCGGCGUGGGCUCGAAGCGCCAGGCGCGGGAGAACAUUCGAAGCUUCGUGGAAGGCUUGCAGAAGACGCGCCGCAUGCACCGCGAUGCGCAGGUGUCCGGUAUGGUGAACGCCUUCCUGCAAAAGCACACCAAGAAAGUCGAGGGCUCUGCAAAUGCAGACGAAGCCGGCGCCUCUUCGAGGGCUGCUAGUGGGAGGGUGCACCACAAGGUUGAACUCUUUCCUCGGCUUAUUAUACGCAUCAACUCCCCUGACUUCGACCCCACCACGGCGAUGUUGGACCUGGAGUUGGUGGGGCUUCUCGGCCCCGCCAUUGAGGGCGUUGCAAUCCCAAAGACGACCCCACGCAGCUACGCGCUCGUUAAGAAUUACGUCCAUCCGUCGCAUCAACUGUGGGCCUUCUUCGAGGCGCCGAAGUCCGUCAUCCAGGCUCCGAUCAUCUGCAAGCAGCAGGUGUAUCAGUACGCGGUGAUGGGCUACAAUGACUUGAGCUUGGAGAUGCAGCUGCCCAUGGCCUCCGCCCCACAUCUUAGCGACAACGGAUUGAGCGAGGCGGUGCGGGAGUCGUUGCACAUCGCCGCGCAGCUGCCGCUAUGGCAGUGCACCGCGCAGGUGCUACAGGCGGCGCGCGCCUAUAACAUGUUCGUGCUCGAUGCUGUGUUCAACGACCCGACCGACACCGCUGGCUUUCGUCGCAGUCUGCUAGAGUGCAAAGCGCUCGGCUUGAACGGCAAGACGCUGAUCCACCCCAGCCAGAUUGAGCCAACAAACGCCAUCUACACCCCGAGCGAGGCUGAGGUGACGUGGGCGACGCGCAUUAUUGAGGCGGUGCGGAAGGCCAGGGGCGGGGUGGCCACCGUUGAUGGUAAGAUGGUCGAGGAGCUGCACAAGCGGCAGGCGGAUCGGCUACUCGCGUUGCACCACAGCAUCGAGGCAGAGAAGCAGCAACGGGCACGCGAGGCAGCAGAGAAGGCGAGGGCGGGUGAGACGCCGGGGGCAGGUGAGAAGGACGAUGCGGAGGACGCACGUGAGCCACGGCAAACACCGUCCCGGCAUCGACCGCUGCGUUAG